GCCGCUCAGCGCGCGCUUAAAGGAGACGCAACAAAGCCAAGCCUGGGUCCGAGUCGGCCGGUUCUCGCCUCCAGCGCGGUUCACUAUCGCUUUAAGAGCAGCUAAUCGCGUCUCUAAACGAUGUUUUUUACAGAGUUGGAACCGAGUUUCUCAAAUUAACUAGAGAUGUGGGAGCGCGCGCGCGGUUCGGGCUGAGAGAUGGCGGUGAGGAGACUCCGGGCCUUUAGCCAGCCGCGGGCUAACACUCGGUUACUCCGCCUUCAGGAGCGCAGGGCCGCUCGGAUUGAUUAAAACCGCGAACCCGAGUGCUGCUGGAUUCCGGGGCGGAUGAUGGAGGUGCAGAGUGUUGAGAAAAAACAGAAGCGGGGGGAGGAAGAGGAGGCCGCGGUCACAUCCCCGGACUCGAGUGUGACCCGCACGCCGCGCAGGGCGCUCCGGGGCCGGGGGGCGACUCGAGAGAACUCCGCCGCUCCAUCCCCGGAUACCAACGGAACCCCGAGCGCGGCGGGAUCCGGACGGGUUCUGCGAGACCGCUCCAUGAGAUCUGUUCCCGUGUGGAGGAGGAGAGACCUCGGCGUGGAGCGGGAUGAAGAUGAGGAGGAGGAUGAAGAUGAGGAGGAGGAGGAACAGGAGGAAGUUCGCCGCCGGAGGAGGAGCGCGGGUCCGCGGCGCAGGAGGAACACAGAGGCGGCCAGAGACACCAGAGCUCAGUGUGGAGAGAGUAAGGACACCGCAGGCACUCGAGCUGGAAGCAGACGAGCGCAGAGCCGCAGCAGAACGCCGUCGUCUCGGGGACCCCGGGGUUCAGCACGGGUCGUGUGUAAGAGCGAACCGGAGACGGAGCCCACCUGCGCGGAAGAAAAUAAAACAGCUGAGAAGAUAAGCACUGAGAAGAAGAGUGAGGUAAAGGAGGAUGAGGUGCUGCUGGGGGAGGAGGAGCCUCCCUUCACUGACGACCUGAAGGACCAAUCGUAUGAGCCUCAGGCCCAGAGUGAGGAUGAUGAUGAUGGUGUCAGUAGUGAUGAAGACGUGCCCUUUAAGGACGACCUUAACGACCAGAGCUACGACCCCAAAUCUGGGAGGGACGGUCAGAAGCCGAGACGCAGAGCUCCUCCGCGGCCGAGAGAGAAGAAGGAGAAAGCAGCCGGAGGGGAGAAAGAGAAGGACAAAGAGACUGAGGUGAAGAUGGAGGGAGUGGAGGUGACGGACGUGAAGCAGGAGGUUGGAGAGGGAGCGGAGCCGCCCAGGAAGAGAGGACGACGAAGAAAAGAUGACAAAAGCCCACGUCUUCCUAAGAGAAGGAAGAAGCCCCCGGUGCAGUAUGUGCGCUGUGAGAUGGAGGGAUGUGGAACGGUUCUCGCUCAUCCACGCUACCUGCAGCAUCACAUUAAAUAUCAGCACUUGAUGAAGAAGAAGUAUGUGUGUCCCCACCCGUCCUGCGGCCGUCUGUUCCGCCUUCAGAAACAGCUACUGCGUCACGCCAAACACCACACAGAUCAGAGGGACUACAUCUGUGAGUUCUGCGCACGUGCGUUUAAGAGCUCACACAACCUCGCUGUGCACCGCAUGAUACACACUGGAGAAAAACCACUGCAGUGUGAGAUCUGCGGCUUCACCUGUCGUCAGAAAGCGUCUCUGAACUGGCACAUGAAGAAGCACGACGCGGACGCCUCCUACCAGUUCUCCUGCGCCAUCUGCGGCAAGAAGUUCGAGAAGAAGGACAGCGUGGUGGCUCACAAGGCCAAGAGCCACCCAGAGGUCCUGAUCGCUGAGGCUCUCGCUGCCAACGCUGGUGCCCUCGUCACCACGGCAACACCCACCACCACUCACCUGACCCCGGUGGGUGUCGGCCCCGUCAUGCUGCUGGACCAGGAGCAGUCGCUGCACACCAUGCAGGUGCCUGUGACUCUCGCACUGCCCUCUACAGGCGAGGCCAAGAGUGAAACGGAAGUUGGCGGAGCCUCUGUGUCGCACCCGUCUACUACUUCCAAUCAGACGCUGCGUUUUGUCUCCGCCCCUGCAUCCCAGCAACAGCUGUCCGUUCAGGCUUCCCCACAGAUCGUUCACAUGACCUUCACCACUCUUUCACACCCUCCUCAGCAGCUCCCCCUGCUCUCCGUCACGCAUCAGCUGCCCCCCAGCACUAGCUCCACCCCCUCCGUCUCACUCAUCCCACAGAUCACUUCUGUGGCUUUCACCACCGAUCCUGCACCUCCUCCGUCAUCCUCCUCUUCUCCUCAGGCUGAGAGGAAAGAAGGCGGGGCACUAUGGGAAGGUGGGACUGGGAAUGUGGGUGGGGUUUGGGAAGCGGGUGGGGCCGGCGAAGCACAGAUUGUGACGGACAGUGCAGACGGAACGAUCCAACACAGACUGCUGUAGGGAAGGAACGAAUCGCAGGGGAAAGACUAGGACGCACGUCACGUCGUGUCAGAAUUAUACCACGGAGAUUCCCUUCAUCCACUCUGAGAUGGGAAAGAGUGGUUUCUAUGGCAACCCACAGACCGGACACGUGGAUACACUGAGCGUACGAUAGCUAGCAGUUACAUGAGGCGUGUCUUAACAUCUGUCCUGAGUUCUUUCUUUUUAAAAGAUGGUAAAUGCUACUGGCUAAAAAUAUAAACUACCUAAAAUUUAAUGAUUGGACGACGGGACCCUCACUGCCUGUAACUGUUGAUGUGUAAUUCCGACACGCCCUGAAUGUGCUGUAGCUCCUCCUCCUCAGCGAACAUCCGACCAAUUUAAACUCUACAGGACUUAAAAUCUAUUGUGUGUAUUCAGACUAAAUUUUUCAGGUUUGUAGACGUGUGUCAAUUUUGUCUUGUGUGGGUUAUUUUUUUUUUUUUUGUAGAUAAUUUUAGUCUUCAACCUUUUUUUUUUUUUUUUUUUUUCUUUCAUGUGUCUGUUUCAGUUUUAUGCGUUUAAUUCUAGAAUACUUAAGUUUUUAUUCAUUCUUCCUGUAAUAUUUUUUUUUUUUACAUAAAUCUCUGAACACUGCAUAUGAUAACGGGCCACUAAUAGAAUUGUAAUAGACAUGCGCUGGUUCUCUCUUUAAUCGUACACCAUAUUGGGGUGGGGAGGGGGGUAUUUAUUAAAGUGACAGGUCUCUCUUUAACUCAUUUAAAGGACCAGUUUGUUAAAGCACUAGCUUUUCAUCGCUCCACUGAAAAAGGAAACGUUUAGCAGUGGAUAAAUAAACCACAGCGUCAUAGGAGGAAAUCUAACCACCACUCUUGACCCUUAGUUCCUGUAGUUUAAAAAGUUUUUCCACGAUACUAAUCUUUUCCUCCUUAAUUAGACAAUUACAGAAAUGAGCUGUGAACAGUAAUGAAGGUCACGCAGUGAUCAACCGGUUUAGAUUUGAAGUUUGUUUUAUGCGAUUAUAGCAAAACAAAAAUAAAACCAGGAUAGAUUUGAACAGAGUCCAUGUUUUAUAAAUGUCUUAUUAACCAUGUACAAUAAACAUGUCUACACUCCUC